AUGGCGUUGUAUGGGAAAUAUCUUAAGAAAAAUCCAGAGUUUUUCGAAAUAUACGACGGUAGAGAUUUAACUGUAUGGAGCAUCAAAAGUCAACAACGUGAGGACAAAGUAUAUACUUAUGAUGAGGCUAUUGACUUAGCAGGUACUGGCUGGUACGUGUUUGGUUUGUCAGUAUUUAUUUGCCUGGCAUUGGAGGGUAUGGCUUUGGACAUGUUCGGGUUUUCCGUGGUGGUGUCCAGUGCUUGUGACUUGGAUAUCACCCACAUUCAGAAGAGUCUCCUGAUAUGCAUGCCUUUUCUCGGCUCGAUCGUUUUGGCAUAUCCUUGGGGCUACUUUUCCGAUACGCAAGGUCGACUUAAAGGCUUGCGUUUAUCUUUAUGGGGAAGCUUCAUCAUGGCCAGCAUCAGUGCCUUCUCUCCUAAUUGGAUAGUACUUGCUGUUUUGAAGUUUUUAAGCUCCAUUUGUGCUUAUUUCAUUCUUAGUCUCAACUUUGCGUUUGAUCUUGGCUUUAUAGUCUUCAAGCCUUGGAGACUUUUGAGUCUUAUUUUAACCAUACCGCUCGGUGUAUCGGGUGUUUUUGCAAGUUACUUCUGUGAAAGUCCAAAGUUUGUACUUAAUAGAGGAAAUGAGAAGGCGGCGAUAAAACUCUUGAAGGAAAUCACUGAGAAAAAUGGCGUUAAAGUCGAAACAUAUCCAGUUAAGAGAGUGGUUCUACAGGAGAUAACAUCACUAAGACGAAAUGACCUUUCAUUACUACAGUCUUUGAUGGAUCAAACGUUUCCACUGUUCAAGCCGCCCCUGCUAUAUAGACUCCUACAAUUAUUUUAUAUAACGAUGGUUGUAUAUGCAACCAAUAACGGCUUCUACGCAUGGUUUCCCUUGGUGAUGGAGACAUUUAAUACAGGUUACGAUACAAAUGUCACAGCUGAUAACAUGUGUGGAUUGAUAAAUAUUUAUAAGGAACUGAAUAAUAACGAUAUAUGCAUAUUGUCAGUGACUGAGUUUUCAGUGUGGAUAAGCCUUAUUCAAUCCGUGUUGUACAGCAUCCUUAUUGUUUUUGUUGCAUGGCUAAAUAGGUGGAGGAAAACAGUUUUAAUAAUACUUCUCUCGUUUUCGUUUAUUUCUGGAGCUGCUAUUCCAUUUGUUCCUGGAAGGAUAUUAAGCAUUUGUCUCUUUUUCGGGUUCAUGAUUAGCUCCGUGUGCCUGUCAAUUGUUUUCUCUUAUUACGUCGACCUGUUUCCAACGUCCUAUCGUGGUAUGGCAGCGUGCUUGGGAGUUAUGAUAGCCAGGAUAAGCGCGCUAGCUGGCAUUAAUGUUGUUGGUUCUUACCUCGUGUCUCAUUGCGUUAACUCGUUAUAUUCCUGGAGUGCCUUUGUUCUAAGCGCCGUCAUCGUAUCCAGCUUCUUACCAUCAGACAAAUCUAAGAAAUGACGUCAUUUAAUAUAAUAUG